AUGCGCAGGCCCUCUUAUACUGUGAAGGGGGUGGAUAAUGUUGGCCUCUAUGCUCCUGAGCUUCUCGAGGAUCCGCUUAUCCUGGACAAGCGGAUCCUCGAUUACCCAGGUUACUUUGCCGUGGUGAUCGCGGCAUGCGUGCUGAACUUGCAGCUUUCUCUGGCCCUGUUGGUGGUGACCCCGCUGGCUGUCUUCUUUCUUCUGUGGGACUGGCUGAUGGGCCGCUACGGACACCGCCUCUGUGACGCCCUGCAACCCACCAGGAACACCCUCAACACACACUGGCUCUGGGUCAAAUGGGUGGUGUGUGUGCUGCUGCUGGUGGCAGUGGUGUGCUGGCUGGUGUUUGACAUGGCCAAACAGGGAUCGCGGCAGCUGGUCUCUUUCUCCGGACUCUUCUGCUUCGUAAUGCUCAUGCUGGUGUUCUCGAGGAACCCAUUCAGGGUGUCAUGGCGAACUUUACUGUGGGUAAAGUUCUUGUUUGGACUCAUCAUCCUUAGAACCAAAGCAGGAUUCACUGCUGUAGACUGGCUGGGCCAUCAAGUGGAGGUGUUUCUGUGCUACACUAGGUUUGUGUUUGGCAACAAAUGCACAGACCACUUCUUUGCAUUCCAGGUUCUGCCUAUUGUAGUGUUCUUCAGCACUGUCAUCUCUAUACUCUACCACCUUGGCUUCAUGCAGUGGCUCAUCCUCACGGUGGGCUUCAUAAUGCAGAUUACUAUGGGAACUUCUCCCACAGAGUCAAUGGUCGCCGCUGGCAACAUAUUUGUGGGACAGACAGAAUCUCCACUCUUGAUUCGUCCGUACAUCUCCCAGCUGACCUUGUCAGAGAUCCAUGCCGUGAUGACAGGAGGGUUCUCCACCAUCGCUGGCAGUGUACUGGGAGCCUUCAUCUCAUUUGGGAUUGAACCAUCCCACUUGCUGACAGCCUCCGUAAUGUCAGCCCCGGCCUCCCUGGCUAUCGCCAAAACCUUCUGGCCAGAGACAGAGAUCCCCAAAGUCACAGCCAAGAAAGGCCUCAAACUGGAGACAGGGGAGGGCAGUAACCUGCUGGAGGCAGCGUCUCAUGGAGAAUCCUCCUCUAUUAUCCUGGUGGCCCUGCUCGCUUUCCUCAAUGCCGCUCUGUCAUGGCUGGGCAACAUGUUCAACUACCCCCAGCUCAGCUUCUCUAUCAUCUGCUCGUACGUAUUCAUGCCUUUGUCCUUCCUGAUGGGUGUGGCCUGGGAGGACAGCUUCAUGGUGGGUGAGCUGAUUGGCUACAAGACCUUCUUCAAUGAGAUUGUGGCCUAUGAGAGGUUGGCAAAACUCAUCAAGAGGAGAGAGGACAGAGGCCCAGAGUACGUGGACGACGUUAAGAGGUACCUGUCUGUCCACUCUGAAACCAUGGCGACGUAUGCUCUGUGUGGCUUCGCGAACAUCAGCUCUCUGGGGGUGGUGAUCGGAGGCCUCUCUGCUAUGCCAGAGCGGAGGGGUGAUAUUUCCAGGUGUGCCGUCAGAGCUCUUAUCUCAGGCACGGUGGCAUGCUUCAUGACAGCAUGCAUCGCAGGUAUGUUGUAUAUCCCAGAGCUGCUGUGUGAAGACUUCCUGAAGGAAGAGUUUAACUCCACAUUAGUCAGUAACAGCACUCAGCUCCUCACCUGCUUGACUGAGCUCUACCACAGUGUGGUAGUUGUUAGCCCUUCUAACAUGACUAUGGAAGGAGGAUUCAGUAUGGCUUCUCUCAAUGGCUGUUGCGCCAUCCUGUCCUCGCCACACUUCAACUGCAGCCUGGUCUACCCCCGAGAGUUGGACGUACUGCCAAACCGCUAA